GCCUCUAGUAAGCGGCUUUCCUCUGAGUUGCUACGUGUCCUUUGAGUCUGGAGCAUCGCUUUUGCAGAUAGUCAUGGAUCAGGUAAUGCAAUUUGUUGAACCUAGUCGGCAGUUUGUGAAGGAUUCAAUUCGGCUUGUCAAAAGAUGCACCAAGCCUGAUAGAAAAGAAUUCCAGAAGAUCGCUAUGGCAACUGCAAUAGGGUUUGCUAUAAUGGGAUUCAUUGGUUUUUUUGUUAAGUUGAUCCAUAUCCCUAUCAAUAACAUCAUUGUUGGUGGCUGAAUACUUCUGGAAGACACUUGCUGCUUCAUGAUUGAUGGACAAGUUUGGGUUGGGAAAUUGUUGGCUUUGUUCAUUUAGUAAAAAAAAUUGUCUUAUGUGGUUUACCUCCGUGGUAUUUUCAAUGUCUGAAUUAAAAUAACUUUUACAAAAA